CCAAACCUCACAUGGACUCUCCAUUUGCGCACAGAAUGCGCUGGAGAGGAAUAUCACCCGAGCAAAUCGUAUACAUGGCAAUGUUCGUCUAUACUGGACACUUCAGAUUCAAAAUGAACACGAGCUGAUUUAAUAACAUGUCUGACGCAACAUUAACACCGUCUCCCGAUGUAAGUUUUUUGGGAGACUCUCCGGAGCGCAACAACAUUAGCGCCGCUCCGGAGCAUCCGCACUUGCAUUCGGGCAUUAUUAUCGCCACCGUUUACGCGCUCAUCAUUACCGCUGGACUAAUUGGUAAUGUGACGCUCAUUAGGACGUUUUGCAUCGUGAAAUCCAUGCGCAAUGUCCCCAAUUUGUUCAUGUCGAGUCUCGCUCUCGGAGACGUGCUGCUGCUGGUCACCUGCGCGCCAGUGGAUGCCAGCAAGUUUCUAGCGGAUGAGUGGCUUUUUGGGCGGAUUGGUUGUAAACUCAUUCCGUUCAUCCAGCUGACUUCGGUUGGAGUGUCAGUGUUCACUCUCACAGCGCUGGCUGCGGACAGAUACAAGGCCAUUGUCAAGCCGAUGGAUAUCCAGACGUCUAAAGCCUCGCUAAAGGUCUGCCUGAGGGCUGCGUCAAUUUGGUUGCUCUCCAUGAUCCUGGCCAUUCCUGAGGCGGUGUUCUCUGAUCUGCACACCUUCCACAUCCCAGAAUCCAAUGAGAGUUUUAAAGCAUGCACCCCGUACCCUCAAGCCGGAGACCUGCACCCAAAAAUCCAUUCCAUGGCCUCUUUCCUUAUUCUGUACAUCAUUCCUCUCUUCGUUAUUUCGGUGUACUACAUCUUCAUUGCCAGGAGUCUGAUUCAGAGUGCGAUUAACAUGCCUGUAGAGGGAAAUGCACACAUUCGGAGACAGAUUGAGUCACGGAUGCGACUGGCCAAGACAGUGCUUGUGUUCGUGGGUCUUUUUGCCAUCUGCUGGCUCCCAAACCAUGUGAUUUACCUGUACCGGUCCUACCAUUACACAGAAGUGGACACCUCAAUGGCCCAUUUCAUCUCCAGUGUGUGCGCACGUAUCCUUGCUUUCACCAACUCUUGCGUGAAUCCCUUUGCUCUCUACCUGCUCAGCAAAUCCUUUAGGAAGCAGUUCAACAAGCAGCUUUGCUGCUGCUGCCCGUCUAUUCUGAUGCAUUCACAAAGCACUAGGCGUAACAACACACGACUCAGUUCAAUCAAAAGCACCCAGAACCACUCUGUUGCCAGCUUUAGCCUCGUCAAUGGCAACGCUGUCUGCCAUUAGAGCAAAACCAUAUCAACUUCUGCUUCUACAGUUGCGUUAAAUAGUUCACCCAAAAACGUUGUUUAAAAUUCUGCAUUUGCAACAGCAUGCACGUUUGGUGAGUAAACAAUGACAGAAUGUUCAUUUUUUGGGUGAACUGUUUGAUUUAAAAUGAUUGAAAUAACAUGUUUAAUUGUAGAGACCACAAGAAUUUGGGAACGUUUUGUGCUAGUUGGUUAUUGCUUUGUAACUGGUGUUUGUUCUUUUCUCUCUGAAAGCACAAAUGAAAAUAGACUUUUGGACUUAAGGUUAUCUGUAACUGAAUUCUAACUCAUUUGCAAUCAAUGAUGGUAAUUAUUGUUGUUAAUUCACCAUUAGUUAAAGGAAACCUUAGACCUUAGUUAGGCUUAAUAUAUCAUAAAUGAUCUCUCUUGAUAAAUAUAUAGUAGAAAAACAAUUAAAGGUUUAGGUCAUUUUAAAAAUCUGCAGUGUUUUAUACAGAUUUUGGACUAUGGGGGUGCCAUUAUUUUGAUGACGUGACUUCUAUUCACUUGGUGAGCUACUGCCGCUACCUGUUGCUAUUUUUACUCCACAACUCGGAAAAUAAAAUACUGAUAUGAUGACCACAGCUACUGAAAGAGCUUACAUUUGGCAAUGGAUAUAAGCAAAGGCUUAAACCAAAUGGCAUACCAUCGAUUUUUCCCAACAAGGAGAUCCGAAAUCUGCACUGAGAGACUCCUUCAGUGGCCGCGGUGUCAUGACAAGCAUUGGUUUACGUCCUGUCAGGGUGGCAUUUAGCGUUUCUUGUCUCUGCCAU